UUCAGUUUCAAAUCGUACGUUGACGGCGGCGGUGGCAGCUCCUUUUUUCUGAUCGAAGAAGAAGGAAGGCAGAGGCUUUUGAAGCACUUUGAAACUGUAGAACUUUCCUAGCGACUAACCUCGUACCGUAGUGCAUUAGGGCGCGUUCACCUGUUUCGGUGGUGCGUUUCGCAGAAACAAAAAAAAAAUAAAAUAAAAUACCGCGACUAGCGUAGACUUUUGUAGAGCAGAAACGAAGAAGUAGAAGAAAGAAUCGAAAACGUUUAAUUGUUUGUAGUUAAAAACUUGUUGCCUUGUUUCGAAUAUUUGCUGAGCCGGUGCUUUUGCGGUAUGGACUAGCCAGGUUGAGAUCCGUUUUAUUCGAGCUCGAGUGCUACAAGUGUCGGAGGAGUUUCAGAACGUGUAAAACUGCACAGACAGGCAAAUCUUUGUUAGAACUGGAAGUACUCCCGAACCGAUCGGGUUUCAUUCAAUGAAUUUGCCUCCAUUCAGCAGUGACUGGAGUGAAAAUUUAAGCGAAUCCAGCGAGAUUCCUCAAUCACGAAUUCCGAACAAUUUGACGGGUCAGAACUCCGAGGAAUUGCUGCAUGCCAAGCGAAGGCUGGGUGUUUUUUAGUCAGUGGGCCAGUGAAGAAUUCCAACGGCAACAACGGUGCUUUCCGUCACAUCUGUGCCUACCGUUUCCCAGAGGAAAUCAGGUGCAACCAGAAGACCUCCGGUUCCCAGCGAAUCUAUGUGGUGCCUUGCGUGUUUUUGGUACCAUACUGGAGUGGUCAAUCCGGUGAGGAUUCCUUGCAGCGAGAAUACGAGCGAAGAACCGCGUUGAAUAUUCAUGAAAAUUGAUUUUGGGUGUCUUUCCAACCUGUUUGCCUUUCUGAUCCGCAUACACUAUCUAUCGCUUUUGUUCGGUCCGUUCCGUUCCGUUCCGCGCCUCUUCUUUGCGCGAUUCAAUGGUUUUUUUCUCUUCUUUCUUCUGGUGAAUGUGUACACUCCGCGUGCGAUAGAAUAAGACAAACAGCAUUUCACGAAGAUUAUGCUUAUUAGCACUCUGUUAAUUUGGUGUUCCGAAUUGGAGGUUUGAAAAGCGACCUUAGAGCGAGUGAUAAGCAUCUAGAGAAGAUCGAAAUUAUAUAUAUAUUUUUUUCCUGUAUGUAUAUUGAAAGUGAUUAAUUGGGCGACAUUUUUCGAAUUUUCUCGCUCGGCAUCGUCGGGGAAAAUUGAAAGUAACAAUUUAAAUUGGCACUGGUUGCCGAAGAAAAUUGUGCGGUUUAUUCGGUGUCCGGGUCAGUUCGUAAAUUUACUUAACAAAGUGUCGGAAGAACCAAUUGUUUUACCAAUUGUACAUCGUAAAGGAUAGUGUGACAGGAGAACGGUGGUGGUAAAUCGUAGACACGAGGAGCGGAUAAAUAUUUUAUCCGCCAAGCGUGUGUUGCCGGAAACAACCGGAACGUGGAGGAAUUGCAAUUCGAAGAGUGCUACUGUUUCACGAGUUUCACGCGCAGACGGUCGUAGGCGGCCACGGUUCGGUCGGUUCAGUUUGCAACAGCCGCUUCAUGUAUUGACACGUGAACCAGGGGCCGUGAAAAUCCGCCGGUGCGCGGGCCCACAUCAUCCCCCGUUCGAGCUUCCAGAUCGAAGACCCUGGCAGUGGCCGUGGCCAGGGCGGUAGACAGGACGACGACCUGUUUGUUGGCACGAUCGGCGGCUUCCGCCAUUGGUGCUGCACCUGCUCCUGCUACAUAAUGACGACCCGCUGGUCCUCACCGAAAUGCUGGAUCUACACGGGGAUCGCGGUUGUGGUGUUGAUCAUUUUGACGUUGAUAGUGUGCUUCAUGCACCACGGUAGUGCCAAUCAGCCCAAACCGGCGCCACCGGGGGCAGUUGGGGAUAGUGUUAACCAGUUCGUUGAUAGGACCUCACAGGGCGAGGACGAUGAUCGAAUCAUCGCGGCCGUCGCGGCGGCUUCGGAAGCACCCCCGGGUGGGGUCAGUUCAACUAGUAGUGCGCCAGAUGAUACAAACAUUCUACGAAGGCCGCUGGACGGCAAUUCUACUACAUCUAGCGGAAGUAAUUUUACCAUCAAUUUUGACGACGGAAUACCCCGGCUGCACGAUCCGUCCAAGUCGGAGGUGGUGUUUAUCAAACCAACAAAAAUCCUGGCACAGCCCCUGCACGCCGAUGAUCUUCUGUACGACUCCAAAACGGCAAACCCUGAUGUCCCCGGGGCCCAGAUAGCGCCCAAGUUCCACCGGACCGGGCUGUUCCGCAAUCGAUUCUCGCGCAUCUGGGAUCCGCAUCCGGAGUACAAAAUCGACGCGUUCGGUCUCAACAUGCACAUAAUCUUGUGGCACGAUCGCAGCUUUAUGCCUGAGGACAUUAAGGUGACACACGUUUGGCCGAACGAGACACUCCGGAAGCCGGAUGACCACUCCGAUCAUGCCGGACUGCAGGGUUGUUUCUACCGGGGACGCGUGGUGGGUGAUGAAAAAUCCACCGUGGCCGUAUCACUCUGCGAAGGAAUGAGAGGACACAUUCGCACCUCCAACGGUUCCUUUUUCAUCGAACCGGUGGAAAAGUACUCCAACGAGGACACCAACAUCUGGCAUGCCCUUUCCCGGGAACGUGGCGUGCCGGAAAUUCUAACCAUCGACGACGAUGUGGUAGAAACGACGGCCAAGGAUGCCAGUAGCAAUUGUGCCCUGGACAGCAGCCAGGAAGAACACGAUAAACACUUGGAAAGUAUUGAAUUGACCAACAACAACAACAACGGUAGCCCGAUAGGAGCUGGACAUGAUGACCGUGGCCACAGCCGGCACAAACGAAGUACGGCCCAUAUCGCAAACAACGAAUACACGAUCGAGGUGCUGGUGGCCGUGGACAAGAAGAUGCAGGCGUAUCACCGCGAUACCCUCAAAUCCUACGUGCUGACGCUGAUGUCGAUCGUUUCCAGCAUUUACGCCGAUGCCAGCAUUGGGAAUUCAAUUAAGAUAGCAGUAGUGCAUAUUUUGUACCUCCACCAGGACCUGGCGGCCCGCAGUGCCCUCGAUCUGAACGGCAGCAAAGGCGUGUCCGCUUCCGAGAUGCUGCAGGCGUUCUGCCGGAUCAAGCAGGCAUCCAACUUCCAUCACGACACCGCAUUUCUGCUGACACGAGAGCAAAUCUGUCGGCACCAGAUGAAGUGCGACACACUCGGACUGGCCGAGCUGGGCACGAUGUGCAAGCGGUCUUCCUGUGCGAUCGUACAGGACAACGGACUGUCGGCGGCAUUCACGAUCGCACACGAGCUGGGUCAUGUACUCAGCAUGCCCCACGACGACGACGUCCGGUGCGGUCCGUUCCGAGGGGAAAGCAGUGCCAAGCAGAACAUCAUGUCGCGAAUGCUGGAUCAAAACACACACCCGUGGUCAUGGUCCAACUGCUCGCGGCAUUUCGUCACCGAAUAUCUGGAACAAAACCACGGCAGCUGUAUGCUGGACAAACCAACCACCGAUUUGAUCGAACCCUCGUCCUCGCACACCAAACUGGCAGGUGAAAAGUUCACCAACAAUCAACAGUGCGAGCUGGUGUUCGGGAAUGGUUCCCGGAUCUGCUCGUACAUGCCAGUGUGUGAGCGGUUGUGGUGUAACAACGGUGACGAACUACUGGGCUGCCGAACGCAACAUAUGCCCUGGGCGGAUGGAACCAGCUGCGGUGAAAACCAGUGGUGCCAGAAGGGAAAAUGUGUUCACGUGAAUCGGAAAGCUCUGCAACCGCAGGACGGUGGCUGGGGCCAGUGGAGUCCAUUCAGCAAAUGUAGUCGGUUCUGUGGAGGAGGUGUUCAGAUAUCCACUAGAGUGUGCGAUUCACCGUCACCGGCCAAUGGCGGUAGGUACUGCAUUGGUAUGCGAAUGCAGUACAGGUCUUGCAACACACACGAUUGCCAGAACAGUACCUUGGACUUCCGGGAAGAGCAGUGUCAUGAAUUGGAUGGAAAUAAUUUCGAAAUUCCUGGAUUGGAAAAGAAUGUCAAGUGGAUUCCGAAGUAUGGGGUUAAGGCCGAAGAUCAGUGUAAGCUGUACUGCCGGGUUAAGAAUUCCAACAACUACUUUUUGUUGAGAGACAAGGUGAAGGAUGGAACGCCUUGUACGCAUCCGCACGAGGGUUACGACAUGUGUAUCAAUGGUCAAUGCCGACGGGCCGGUUGUGAUUAUGUGUUCGAUUCAGACGCCAAACUGGAUAAGUGCGGAGUGUGCCGAGGAAACAACGAUACCUGCAGGGAGGUGAACGGAGUUUUCCCGUUCAGUAAAUACCAUCACAUGAAGCAGAAGAUUGUACGCAUUCCUCAGGGUGCGACCAACAUUGAGAUCAUUCAACGGGGAUACAAAGAUGAUGGAACUUAUUUGGCUCUUCGUGAUGAAUACAACGAGUACAUUUUCAAUGCUCCGAAAACGACGAUUGUGUCCGGAUUCAAGAAACGACUGUUUGCUGGAGUUAUGCUAGAAUAUAAUGGUCCGGAUGAACCGGUGGAAAUAGUUCGAUCGGAUUUCGGCCAUCCCUUGAAACAGGACCUGAUCGUAGAGAUCCAUUCACAUGCUAAGAUGCGUCCCGUAAGUGAAAACAUUGUCGAGUACAGUUUCACCAUUCCAAUCGAUCGUCCUUCGGUGAGUGUGGCCAAAACACUGCCAACCUACAUCCAGCAGUAUCCCAGUCAAAACAGCAUUCCCAACUAUCAGUGGAAAAUGUCCGAUUGGAGCGAGUGCGAUCAGAGCUGUUCGGGCAAACGACAUCGAACGGCAGGAUGUUACGAUAUCGAAACGGGCAAGGAGAAAUCCAUUUCCUACUGCCAGAACAGUGCCAAGCCGAGGGAAGAUUACGAACCGUGUAAUAUGGAGUGUAAAUUUGAGUGGGAGGAAACGAGUUCGGAAUGUUCCAAUUCAUGCGGGGAAGGAGUGAAAAAUAUUCAAUACCAGUGUGUCCAGAGAUACAUCAAGACCCAGCAAACGAAUCCAGUGGACCCAACGUACUGUGCAAACAUUCGUAAACCGAACACGGUAGAGAAAUGUCACGGACCUUGCCCCGACGCUACGUGGAUCUACAGUGAAUGGGAUCCGUGUUCACGCUCGUGUGGUGGUGGAAGGCAAAAUCGUACCGUGACCUGUCUGUCGUCCCCGGAAGGGUUCCGGAUAAGCGAAGGCUUCUGCUCCAAGCAACCGUUGGAGGAAACCUAUCGGCGCUGCAACACCGACAGCUGCCCCGAGUGGGUCACAGGAGAACUAACACCGUGCUCGGUGACCUGUGGCGAAGGACAGCAACGGUAUGCUAUCUACUGUGUACUAAACAAUGUUAGCGUAAAUGCAGCUUUAUGUGGCACCCGUCCGGUGGCUGUAAUCGUCAACUGUACCAUGCCACCCUGCGAGAAGAAGCAAGAACCUGCGUACGCCUACUCGGGAGAGGAAACCAAGCCGAUCGUACGACUCGAUAGUAGCUACUACUCGGCUCUGCACUCGGAUGUCUCCUACAACAAUCAUUCGGCGCAUCCGACCAAGUGGUGCACCGGUGCUUGGAGCAUUUGCAACGCUAAGUGCAACGGUGGCGUCAAACAGCGGAAGGUGCAGUGUUGCUACAAAUACAACGAGUCCAUCGUCGUUGACGAUCAGUACUGCAGCCAGGAGAAGAAACCAUCGGAGCAAACCAACUGUGGCAAUUUCCGGUGUCCCCAGUGGAACUUUGGCCAGUGGGGUGAGUGCAAUGACGAUUGCAAACGCUAUCGUCAGGUGCUAUGCCAAGAUCACCGGGGCAAGGAAAGUAGCGAAUGCCCGCUGAACCAGAAACCACCCGAAGUGGAGUCGUGUUGCCAUUUCAGAUGGAGGAUUACUAACUGGAAGCCUUGUAAUGUGACGUGUGGUGGUGGCGAUGGUUACCGAACCGGCGAACGCGUCUGUAUGCGUCUAUUCCCGAAAUCCGUCAACAAUCCACACCCGGUGAAGACAGGCCGCAAGGUUGAUGCCAAAAACUGCGCUCACGUGAAGAUCCCUUCGAGUAAGAAGCUUGUGCGCAAGUGCAAACCCUGUCAGUUCCGCUGGGAGGUAUCCCCGUGGUCAAAGUGUUCGGUCGGCUGUGGUUCUGGACUGGCGACUCGCAAUGUCACCUGCAGUAACGGUCGAAGUACGGCCACCGUUUGCGAUCCCAAGCAUAAGCCAAGCAACGUGAAACCAUGCGAAACGCACAGUUUCUGCCGUUGGAGCACCGGACGAUGGAACAGAUGCAAAUGCGACGGUUUCCAACGACGUAACGUCAAGUGCUAUGACGAGCUGACGAAAACCGAAUCGAACCGAUGUCCGGAACCGAGGCCACCGCAGAAGAAAAAGUGUCUACCGACGCCGAACUGUCGGCCACGUUACAGUAAAUCGGUCAGUUUCACCUGUCAGGAUAUCCAGCGGCAUCGACGAACGCGGACAGACGGGGAGUACACGCUGAGCGUUAAAGACCGACUGGUGACGAUCUACUGUCACAACAUGACGUCCAACACGCCCACCGAGUAUCUCACGCUGAAGUCAGGUCCUAUCGAGAACUAUGCCAUCUACAUCAACAAGCGGGCCUCGAAUGCGGGCAUCUGUUCACCGUCCUCGUCGGACUGGGCCGACGAAAGUAUUAGCUACGGAGCAACGCACUACCGGAAGAUUCGGUUGAACGUUCACACGCUACAGGUGCUCACGGACGACUACCGGUUCACGGAACGCUCCGGCAGGCCCCAGUCAUAUGGAUCGGCUGGCGAUUGUUACAGCACCACGGGCCGCUGUCCGCAAGGGGACCUGUCGAUCAAUCUAGACAAUACCCCGUUCCGAAUACGCCCGCGAACACAGUGGGAAACCAAGGGCGUAAAUGCGGUGAUCCAUUUCCUAAUACCGCUGGAACCGCCGUACAAAAAAGUACGAGCACGUUGUGGUGGUUACUGUGGUACCUGUUCGGUAUCCCGAAGUAGCGGACUGUUCCUAGAGUUGGUGUAGAAAACUAUACGCAAAUUGCGCAUGCCAGUCACAUGUCUGAUCCUCCCUAUUAUAUUGCAUCAUUUACCACAACACAUUGCGAAACGAUGAUUCUAUUAUCUAUAUAGAAAUGCAUUUUUUUUUGUUCGUUGAUUUAAAACACGAUCAGAGCUGCCACUGACAAAACACCUUAUCUAGUACCAACAUACACAUGUUUUUUGUAUAAGCAAAGAGAAGUAUUUAUUGAAGCUGUUCUAGACGGCAGCAUUAAUUGUGCAUUAUGUGUAGGAAACGUUAGAGUUAGGAAUUUAUACGACGUAUUACACGUGCAGCAGAACCGACGGUAAUCAAUGUGGGGUUGUUACAGAGCAAAAGCAGUGCUGCCAACCGAAUAGCAACUAAAGACUGACGGAAGGUUUGAAGCUUAAGAUAACAAAGUAAUUUACUGCUACGGUAGUGGUGACGGCUAACACUUGCUCAACCCUCGCACAGGAUCAGGCGGGCAGGCAGCUGUAGACGAAAGUUAUUUCUAAUUAUAGAUCCCUACAGAUUCGGCCUGAUCCUGUCCUAGGCUUCACCAGUUGUUUCCCGUGGGAUCCGCCUCAACAAACUGUCUGUCUCAUUGUUCUGUUUUAUUGAGCAAAUUGUGACAGAGCAGAGUGCUUUUGAUAUUAUUAUACCGGUAAGAAUUUUAAUGUAGCCCAUCAUAUUUAGUCCAUCAUUUUUUGUGUGCUUCCAUGUUAGUAAGUCGACCGCUUGCAAAAACGAACAUUUUCCAGGUUCUCCAGGAAAACAGUUGUGUUAAAAUGUGCCUCAGAACGAAAUACAAGUGCUUACGAAAACAAUACAAAAAAAAACAAAAUAAUCGAAACAUUUAGAAGUUCACUAAAGUACAAAAUGUUUGGAAUCUCAAUGCGAGUCUUCGGGAAGACUUCAACAGCGAACGAAAAAUACUCAACUAUAGCAUUAAACAAACCAGAAAUAUUCGCGCAACAUACAACUAAUUCAAUUUCAAAUUAAUAGUAUUAUAACAACCCCUGAAUGUGGUGCGUUAUUUGUUUUUUCUUUUAAACUACUAGAAUAGAGCGAUGUCAGAAAGUGUUCAAACGAAAUGAAAGCAUUGAAUGAGCCACUUUGUGUGAGCAAACGGGCCGACACUUCAGCCGAACUUGCAUCUAGUGCUAUCAUAUUUUGUCCUAGAAACCAGCACAAAUUGUUUUGGGGAAUCAGAGUUAGGUUUAGUGAAACAAGUCGACAAUCUACCGCCGCGUCAACGUCAACCGAUUUGAAAGGAAAUAACAUCAACAAGGAAGCAUCAAACUGCCAUAUUUAGGUAUAAUGAUACAUCCCAUUUUCCCUCUCAUCCCAACUCAAGUUUUAGAUGUCGUAAUCUUAUUGUACACAAAAUAAAAAUGCCACCGCCGAGAAUAUUUGAAUCUAUAAUGUUACUAAGAACUUGUUAAGAUAAGUCUACCUUACUAAAAACUAGCUUUAGCGUGUAAGCAAGCCGGGAGGCGAAUAGAACCGACCAAGCAGUGUUGGAAUCCGAUCGCACGAAAAUGUUUGCGUUCUGCUUCAAAUUUUUCUGUGAAUAAUGUUUUUUUUGUAAGUCGUAAAAUUUUUCUUAGAUACAGCAUACCGAUGUGUUAGGUAAACUGCCUUGAGGUUGAGAACUAAUUGAUUAUUUAUUAUGGCAUAAAACAUUUGAUAAUUUCCUUCAGCAAGCCCGGUAAAACCAAAAUCACGUGUUUCGUCAUACCGUUCGAGCCAGUUGCCACUUAAUCGAAACCAUCGAAACAUAUUCAUUUUACACGUAUGUCGUCAUGCCGAUUUCUUUACCAAGUUUAGGUUAUCAACUCAAGCAAGCCAUGUGAUCCAUGCACCACUUGUUUAUGUCUCAAUGAUCCGAGUUGCCAAUUUUAAAUUUCGAUGUUGUGUGCCAAGCCUACUGUCAAUGUUCAAAAGACAGCGUGAGUUGCAUUCUUUUCUGUCGCUACUCAGUUUCGUGAAAUCGUUCUUUACCUAGCGGUGAGCUUUUAGCUCCGUAGAGUGAACGUAGUAGAAGCCUCUUAAUUGGAUUAAAAAGAUAACUGAUUGAGGCUUUUUGUUAGUCACAGCAUUUCCUAAUAAAAAGAGCAGCAACCAGAGUAAACUUUCAAAUUCUGCAGAAAUAUGACCCACUGGUGAAAAGAAUCAUGAAGUCAGCAAACGUCAACUCACAAUGUCAUCAUACCCCAACUCACACUAACAACUCGUAAUGCCGGGAUCAAACUCUUACAGCAGUUGAAUAGAUUAACAAAUUUCUUAUAUGAUAUAUGAAUAAAAUUUUGUUUUGCUAUGUAAGCAAAAGCCAUACUUUGUAAAUACAACAAAAAAUCAAUUGACGUAAUCGAAGAUACGCUUAGAAAAAAAGUUUUAUCUCAUAUUACACACAAAAAAACAGCAAAAAUUAAGCUAAGAGAAAUUGUAAACCUCGAAACGUGAAAAGCGAUCGAACACCGAAAAGAAAAAUCAAACUGUAAAAAGAACCAAUGGUAUUGUUGUGGAAACAAAGCGUUUAGGCAAAAUAUUUAUUUAUUGAAAGAAAUUUGCAAAGUAGAUAAUUGUAGCCAAUAAAUAGUAGCACACUUUACGGUGCUUUUGUGUAAUUGUUUGCCAUACAUUUUCUUCUGAAGAAGAAGAAGAAGAAGAAUGCUACACCACUGCUAUAUUUUCACUAUAAGGCGUAGGUCUGUACAAGCAUUACGCUUUGCUAUUGUCGAAUGGUUGCAACUUAACAAUAUAAAGAAAACGGAGAAAAUCAACUCGAAUUAAGAAAGAAGAUAUUUGACCCCCUAAGUCGUCUAACGGUAAUGUUAAAUGUUAUGAAACUUUUACGGAAAAAAAAACAAAUAAAUACUGUACAAAAAAUA